CCUUAUUUAGAAGCACUGAGCACCUUAAGUUGAAAAUGUAACGUUUCAGGCACUCGCUCCCCGAUGAAACGUACCACAAAUAAAAACAAGAGCGUGUAUCGAAAUUUGGUAGAAGGAAUGUCAGGCAAAAAUACACCGCCCACAAUGAUCAAAGCUGAACAAGGUCUAAACGACGAUCGUCUGAAAACAGAAACGAUCGAAAUGGAAAUCGGAGAAAUAAAGUUCAUCAAACCUGCUGUAUCAAUAGAGUUACAAAAUGUGACAAAUAGUUUGCCCGAAGACAAGAUGCAUUCAUUUGUACGUGCACAAGACACUGGCGACGAAACUACUAGUGAUCAUAAAAAACAUACAAUCAAUAAAACCACACAUUUAGAAUCACACGCAACUGUACGAGGCGUUAAAGAUGAGCUACCGAAUGUAUCGGAAUCGGAUGAUAAGAGGAAUCUUUUAACACUCAACAACAAUCGCAAUGAACUGCAAAAACGGGCAGCUUGUCAUGUCUGUCAGACUAUAAUCAAGCGUAAGAAUGAUACAGUAGAUCACCUUAAAAAUGACUUACUUUAUUCAUGUAACGAUUGCCAUGCGAAAUUUGGACUAAAACAAAAGUCAGCUUGUGCAAACCGCGAAAUACUAUCUGAUUUAAAACCUUUUAUAUGCGACUAUUGUCACAAGAAAUUUGUACAAAAACGUGAUUUAAUUCACCAUAUAAAGAUACACACUGGCGAUAAAAUCUUCUCUUGUUCCCUUUGCAGCUACAAAUGUUCAGUCAAAAGUUAUUUUAAUAGGCACAUGAGACGGCACAAUGGGCUGAAACCCUACUCUUGUGCUUUUUGCAGCUACAAAAGUUUAGUCAAAAGUUAUUUCAAUAGCCACAUGAGACUUCACACUGGGCUGAAAGCUUACUCUUGUAGCCUUUGCAGCUACAAAUGUUCACGCAAACGUUAUUUGAAUAGCCACAUUAGACGUCACACUGGUCUGAAACCUUACUCUUGUAGCCUUUGCAGCUACAAAUGUUCAGACAAAAGUUCUUUGAAUAGCCACAUGAAAUUACACUCUGGGCUGAAACCUUACUCUUGUGGCCUUUGCAGUUACAAUUGUUCAUUCAUAAGUAAUUUGAAUAUUCAUAUGAGACAACACACUGGGCUAAAACCUUUCUCUUGUAGCCUUUGCAGCUACAAAUGUUCAGUCAAAAGUUCUAUGAAUAUCCACAUGAGACUUCAUACUGGGCUGAAACCUUACUCUUGUAGCCUUUGCAGCUACAAAUGUUCAGUCAAAAGUUCUUUGAACACUCACAUGAAAUUACACUCUGGGCUGAAACCUUUCUCUUGUACGCUUUGCAGUUACAAAUGUUCGCUUAAAAAUUAUCUAGAUAGUCAUAUGAGACGUCACACCGGGCUGAAACCUUUCUCUUGUACUCUUUGCAGCUACAAAUGUACAUUCAAACAUUCUUUGAAUAAACACAUGAAAUUACAUACUGGGCUGAAGCCUUACUCGUGUACCCUUUGCAGCUACACAUGUCCGUUCAAAAGUUCUUUGAACAGCCACAUGAGACUUCACACUGGACUGAAACCAUACUCUUGUAACUUUUGCCUUGCGAAGUUUCGAUACAAACAAAUGUUGACAAUUCACCUCUCAACUCACACUGGCGAAAUGCCAUUUUCAUGUAACGUAUGCCAUAAAAAGUUCGCACUCAAAUGUCUUUUGACCAAACAUAAACGGGCGCACAGUGAUGUUAAAUCACAUUUCUGCGACACGAAGUUUGCACUGGAAUAUAAUUUAAUAUCUCACCGGAGGGUUCAUACUGGCGACAAAACUCACUGUUGUGAUCAAUGUGAAUUUAAAACAUCAAACAAAAGCUCUUUGAAUAGGCACAUGAAAAUACAUAAUGGCACGAAAACCCACUCAUGUGAACUUUGCAAAAAGAUGUUUGCACAAAAAUAUCUACUAGAUAAGCAUAUGUGUCUCGACAACAAUGAAAAAUUGUACUCUUGUGACAUUUGCUGUACGAAAUUUGCCAAAAAACGUUAUUUACACGCUCACGUGAGAGUGCACUCCGCCGAGAGACCACACUCUUGCACACUUUGCGACUACAAAUGUUUAACCAAAAGUUAUUUAAAGAGACACAUGAAAGUGCAUUCUCGUAAGUGAAUGACCAGCGCAGUAUGGAUCUUUGGCCACUU